GCGACAUGGAGUGGACUAACCUACUCGUUCUCACAGUGCUGGUGGUGUCAGGAGUAGUGACAGGGGAAGAUGAGUGUGUGCCGCCAAAACCUGGAGAAAAAUUCGUGCACCCCAGUGAGUGUUGCAAAGUCGAUGACUUCAUCCCAGAAGUUGUAAAGAAUAGUUUCCGUAAAUGCAUUGAUAAACUCCCUCGCCCUCAAUCACCCGGACCUCCUCCAGAUGGAUCGUCACCUCCGCCACCUCCAGAUCCAGAGAUGAGGAAAGCGUUCUCCUGCAUGAUCGAGUGUGUCUUCUUGGAGAGCAAACUUCUCACAGGAGAUAAUAAACUUGACAAGGACGCCGUCAAGAAGGCUUUCACUCCUGACAACAAGGACUUGGCGUCUGUGGUGGCCGCUGGGGUCGACAAGUGUUUCGGCUCUCGUCAGGAAGACCAGACCGGCCAGUGCCAAAGCGGUGCCGAGGACUUUGUUAAGUGCCUGUCAAGAGAAGUGUUUGUCAACUGUCCGAGUGCCGAGUGGUCCAGCAGUGCCGAGUGUAACAACCUCAAGACCAAAGUGACAAAUUGUCCUUCAAUUCCUAUCAUGUUGGGGGCCCGAGGCCACCCUCCUCCCCACUGACACUACCCCACCCCAGGUAUUCAUCUCUGAUGAGCCUAAUUUAUUAAAUUAUAAAAAUUGUGUAUUUUUAAGCGAAAUAAUUAAAUAUUUUCAUAACGGAAAAAGUA